AUUUAUCUGUUCUCGGAUGGUGUGCCUGUGUAUGUUUUCUUAAUCGAAUGUCGCAUGAUCGUUACGAGCAUUGUAUUUUGAAGCAAAAGGGCUCAUCAUGGUGUUAAGUCGUCUUUUUCUUAGGUCUCUGACCACUAACAAAUUUUUGACACGUUCAGCUUUUACUGCGAGGAAGCCUGACUACAGUACCCCUAACUGGUUUCGAGUAGGGCUGACCUUUGGAAGCAGUGCAGCCAUUUGGAUUCUGCUUAUUAAGCAACACAGUAAUGAUGUUGAAGAAUAUAAAAGGAGGAAUAACUUGUCAUGAAGAAUAAGAAAUGAACAUGCCAUGUGUAAUCUGACCAGAUACAGCAUUGAAGUGAAAGUAUACAGUAUACAAUAUGUCUUUGGAAGGAUGCCUGAAGAUUAAGAGCUUUCAUGUACAUUAUUUUAAAGAUCUAGAUUGUAUGAAAUCUUUUGCUUAUAAACUGAAAUAAACCUAUUUAUGUGAA